AUGCCUCCUGUCCGCACCGCCGCUCGCAAUCGCAAACCCCCACCAGCAGGGUUCGAUGAUAUCGAGGAUACUCUGCUGGAAUUCAACAACAAGAUGAAAGAUGCCGAAAACGCAUCUCAUGAGGGGAAGAAGAAGCAUGAAGUUCUCUGGCCGAUCUUCCAGAUCAGUCACCAACGCUCUCGAUACAUUUAUGAUCUGUACUACGAAAAAGAAGCCAUCUCAAAGCAAUUGUACGACUGGUUAUUGAAGAACAACUAUGCUGAUGCAAACCUCAUCGCCAAAUGGAAGAAGCAAGGUUAUGAAAAGCUCUGCUGUUUGCGCUGCGUUCAAACCAAGGAAACGAACUUCAAUUCCACAUGCAUUUGCCGUGUACCCAAGGCUCAAUUGAAGGAUGAACAGUCUAUUCAAUGUGUGAGCUGUGGAUGCCGUGGCUGCGCGAGCAGUGAUUAA